GACAUCUCGGCCAUUUCGAGAUUUCGAGUACUUAUCCAAUCUUUAUUAAAUACUUAAAAGAAAAUCAGAAAUCUGCUCUUCAUCAGAAAGGUUUACGUCAUGAGAUGUUUUCCGGUUAUCUUCGGGUUGAUCAGUUUUCUGCCCGUCGCAGAUCAAGAUCAAUUUGCUGGAACUGAUCACUUCACUAAAACUGAAGGAAAAUAUAAUCUUACUGGUUCUGAAGGUCCAAUAAAGGCACAAGUGGGAUCCGACGUUGUUCUACCAUGCAGUGUGAAGCCCCCAGAUGAUGUGAGAGAUGCUGUAGUUGAGUGGAUGUUCAACUUCAGUAAAACUGUACACUUGUUUCUCUAUGGAGAUGAUCACCAAGAAUCUCAAGAUGAAAGAUACAAAGAUCGAACCAUUCUGAACCAUACAAUGAUUGAACACGGUGACGUUUCCCUCACGUUGGCCAAGGUAACGAAGAACGAUGCUGGGAUUUACACGUGCUUUGUUCGUCGUGGGCCUGAUCUCUCAGAUGAGAGAAUUGUUACUCUGGUUGUUGUUGAUGAAAAAGAAAACCACGACCAUAUCCCUAUAUCUGGAGAUAAAAAUGAAAAACAAGUCACCUCGCCUGCUACUAAAGGACCUGAUCCUGGAGUUAAUGGCUGUGGUGUUGCUUGUGUUGUUGGUGUUGUUGUAUCACUCAUCCUCAUCUCCAUCACAUUCUGUGUUGUAUGUUGGUGGAAACGUGAACAAAUUUUUCCACGUCGGAACAACAACGCUCGAAAUGAAGAAGUGAGAAAUGAUGGAGGGAUGGAAAUGGAAGAAUUACGGAAUCACAGAGGAAAUGGUAACCAAGGAAACGAAGCUGAAGCAGAACCUUUACAGAACCAGGAAGAACCAAACUAAAUGUGUGAAUCAUCCAUCCUGAUCUGAAAUCUCUUCAACUUGUUGGUAUGAAAACUGGUAGAACUGUGAAUAAUAACAAAAAACUGUGUGAAUUAAACCCAAAAGCAAGUCCUUCAUAUUAGAGCAAAGAUUUAAUAAUUUUAUUUUUAGAUUAAAAAAGGAUGAAGAAUCAUGUAAGUUAAAAAAGAAAAUUUUAAGUCCAUAAAUGUUUCUGUAGUUUAAUCUCUUACUCAGCUUUUGAAAACUAAUUUAUCUUGAAAAGUAUUUUUAAUAGAUGUAAAAGUUGACAGAUUUGAUCCCCAGUUUGAUCCUAAAAAAGGUUUUUAAUUUAAUUUUUCUCAGUGAAUCUUAAUUUUAAUGCUCUUGUUACAUAAAUAACCAAAUAUUUAUGGAUUUUAUUAUAACUUGUUUAGUUUUUUUAAUUUAUGAAUCAGCAGUAAAUUCAUUAUUUCACCUUUUCUACAACGUCCAGCCCCCAGUAGUGAUGUAUAUUUAUUAUUCCCUCCUUAAAACUGAAACCUUAAAAAAUUUGCAAAAAGGAACAUUUUGAUAUUAUAUUUUUAUAAGCAUUCUUGUAGUUACAUUAUGUAAGAUUGUUAUUAAAAUAUGUUCUCAGGGGUUAUUUAUUAACAUAGAUAAUUAUAAAUUGAUCAAUUACUUUGAAAAUAGACCCAACAGAUUGAAUAUUAACUUUAUCUUGUAAAUCAGCUGCAGUAACUUUUUCAUUUCAGGCUCUCAGCUUGAAGAAGGUAGAGAAGUUUUGUUGAUGAAUGUUUUAUGAUCUGGUCAGAGUAAAGAUUGUGUUCAUAAUUAACUUUGCCUCUUGAUUGGUGAUGAGUCACCAUGGAAACACAAACCAUACAAACACAAGAUAUAGAAAUAUAUAUAUAAGAUCAGAACAUAAAGAAAUGUCUCUUAUUUAUGUUCUUUAAUCUGUUCUUCUUUAAUCUGGUCCUGGAAAAUUAAUCAUCUGUUCAUUUGAUCAGAUAUAUGAAAGACAACGAGUUCAAAGGUCAAAGGUUGAGAAACGAUGAUUUAUGGUGAAGUGAAUCAAACUCUUCAGGUUUCCAGAGUCUCUUAUCUUUGUCUAACUUUGGUCCAGUGAUCUGCACACAUUGAGAAAAAUCCAUUUGACAUUUAUACUUUCAAACCGAUGAGCCUUUUUUAAAUUAAUCAUCUUGAACUGAGUCUGGCUUCAUAUUGAUGUUUAAUGUAGGAAUAAAUGGCUGCUGCAAAGUUAAAGACUGUGAAUAAAACUGUGAUAUUUAUGCUUUAUACUUUAUACUAACAUCUCAGAAAUCAAAUGGCUCUUAUUGAAAAACUGGUUUUUCAAUUAGCCAACAUCUAAAUCCAAUAUGGCGGCUCUCCAGGGUUACCAACUCAAAUCUUUCUGGAGAGAUUGAAGCUGUUUCUCUAUUUCACACUGUGAAUGAAUGAAUGAAUAAAAGGACAAUUCAUUUUCAAAUAGCUGCAUAAUUAUAAUAGAAACUGUAAAAACUUUUCAAUGCAGGAUUUUUUUAAAACAACUUAAAAAAACAAAAACAAACAAAAUACUUUCUACAAAGUAAAGAUUUUGGGGCCUGAAUUAAAAGGUUUUUGUUCGAACCAAGUUAUUAUUAAAAAGCCAUAUUUAUAGUUAGAGGCAUGUUUUGUUCUUUUGUUGACUUUUGUAAAUAUUAUAUAUUAUUUCUAACAGAAUCUGAUAUUUUUAUUUUGUCUGGUGAAGUUUUACUUUGCAACUUAAAGUAAAACUGGAGGGAGACAUCUAGUGGUUAAAUCAGAGUAUUACUCUGAUAAAUCACAAGUCUUUAUUAGGAUGUUGAUGCCAAAUUUAAUAGAAAAUGUGAAACAUGAUUGUUUUCAGAUCUACAGAUCUGUUUAUCUUCUAGUUGGAAGUUGUUCAUUUAUCGUAAACAAUAUUAAACUGCUGUUGUCACAUUAAAUAUGCAAAAAGUCAAACUUUAUAGUUAUUAUGAUUAUUAUAAUCAACAUUAUUACAACAUUAUUCAAAGUUCUAAACAAUAAAGAGUUUAAAACAAAUCAGAUCAAACAGUUAAAACAGAAAGAAACUCAAUAAAAAUAUAGAAUAAAAUUAAUGCACAUAAAACAGAGUGAAUAUAAAUAACUUUAAUUUAACCUGAGAAUCAUUCAAAGAACAUUCUUGUCUGAUGUCUUAAAAUCAAACUGUUCCUCAUGAUGAUGAGGCACAAAAGGAGAAAACAUUCUGCAGACGGUUUCUUCUGGUUUUAGAGUUUUUAAAAAGUCAGAGUUUUUAAAAGGUCAGAGUUUUUAAAAGGUCAGAGUUUUUAAAAGGUCAGAGUUUUUAAAAGGUCAGAGUUUUUAAAAGGUCAGAGUUUUUAAAAGGUCAUUGUCUGGAGAUGGGAGAACAUGAGACAUAAAACUGCAGAAGAUCAGGAAACUUUAAAUCUUGUAAAUAAACAGCAAAACAUUAAAGUUUGUUUGAACUUAAAGCAACCAGUGAAAAUAUUACAGAAGCAGAAAUGUGAACAUAUUUCCAGGUUUUGGUAAAAUGUUAUCAGCCACAUUUUGAAUCAUCUGCAGAUCAUAAAACUUUUCCUCAGUAACCAGAAAGCAGAACAUUACAGUAAACGAUGCAUGAAAACACAAAUGGAUGAAUAAAAACCUCUUCAGAUCCACCACUGAAUUAUUAAAUGAUAAAACUUUUAAAUUCACCAAAAACAUUUAAGUUUAGAGAUGAUCAAAGCUGCUCCUUGUUAACUCUUCAAUGAGAAGAUUGAACCUCACAACCAAAUUAUUGACCUUAUUACUGCAUUUAUGACAAUUUUUAAAGUAACAUUUUGGAACAAGUGAAGUUUCUGAGCUGCAACCUGAUUGCAGAUAAACAAGAUAAAAUAAGUCAACAGUUUUUAUAUAUUAAAGUCACAAACCUGCAGAUCAUCAGAUCAACAUUAAAGAUGCACAGAAGAAAAUCAUUAGAUUUAUUAAUAUGUAGAAACCUGUUUGUGGAUAAACUCUAAACUCCAUCUCUAGUUUUAGCAGAUUCUCAACUCAGGGAGAAACUUUCAGAGAUUAAUGCAGGUCAUAUACUGAGUAUGUUUACAUUUGAAUAUUGUUUAUGUUUGUAGGUUUUACCAGCAAACAAUGAAACUGUCUUUAAAUCCUGAGAUGAACUAAAUAAACUGUCUUUGAAUGAGCAGCUAUAAAACAGCUGAAACACUUUAUCUCUGUUAAGAGCUGCUUUGGAAACAUUACAAAUAAAAUGAUUAAAUGUUAAAAUGUAACGUUUACAUUGUUGACUGUUUUUGUACUUUUGUGUUUUUAUGAGGAAAAGCAGCUUGAAAUGCUUUGAUGAUGAAGUUUAUUCCAACUAUAUAAAUAAACUUGAUGGAUCAUUUUAUGAUAGGUUAGUAGGUUGAGAUUGUUUGUUAUGUUUGAGUUAAAUAUCUGAUAUUUAAAUAUCUGGUGUAUUUCUGGUGAAGUCAUGAUUUGGGGAGACAAACCAAUAAAUAAUAAACAAAUAAAUAAUAAAGACAAAGACAGUGGAUGCUGGUCAAGACAAUUAUUGGGAUUUUUAGGGAGAUUUUCUCUUCCUUCAUAUUAUUUAAAAUAUGAAGAAUUAGUUUAAAUAAUAAUGAGAUUGAAUAGAGGUUUGAAACAAACUGUGAAUUGGUGAUUAAACUGAAAUGUCACAUUACUAGUAAACAUGCUCCACUAAACCAAAGAAAUUAGACAAAUUAUUUUUUGUGUGUUUUCCAUUCUUUGUUUUUGUUUAGAGCAUCAAUAAAUGUUUUUAUGUUUAAUGUGAACUGAUGUUAAACUUUGACUAUUGUAAAUAAAAA